UUAACCAAAUCACAAAAAAAAUCAUAAGAACAAGACGAAAAAUGAUAUAGUGAGCUAAAGAGAAAAGUUAAAAGAGAUUUAUAUUAUGUUAAAGUAUGUGAUUCAUUGAUUUAGUUUAAAAUAAAUUUUAAUUUAUUUGGAUCGAAAUAAGAUUAAUAUUAAGCUAAUCUAAUAUAGGAUAAACUAAAAUAUUUUUUACUAAUAUAACUUUAACAUAAUUGAAAAAUACGAUUGAGCCAGCUCACCGAGCCUUUGGGUGACUCCGCCCCUGCCUUUCAUUAUUAAUACGGUGGUGUGAAAGUUCAGUUGUGCGGAAUAGCUCAGUACGCCAAUCUGGUGGGCAUCACAAUUGGAUACACAAUAACAGCCUCCAUCAGUAUAGUGGCUGUCAGAAGGUCAAAUUGUUUCCAUAAAUACGACCACGAAGCUGCGUGCAACGUGUCAAACUACCCAUAUAUGGGAAUAUUUGCGGGAAUUCAGAUAAUUUUAAGCCAAAUACCGAAUUUUCACGAGCUCUCAUGGCUGUCCAUAGUGGCGGCAGUCAUGUCGUUCACUUACGCAUCCAUUGGCCUUGGCCUCUCCAUAGCCAUGGCUGCAGGCGGUGGUCGUGGGAGGACAAGCCUAACGGGGACGACUGUAGGGGUUGACGUGUCCGCAGCGGAUAAGGUGUGGAGAAGCUUCCAAGCCAUUGGAAAUAUUGCCUUUGCCUAUGCUUACUCCACCGACACAUUAAAGUCCCAUCCACCGGAGAACAAAGUAAUGAAAAGGGCUUCAUUUGUGGGAGUAACAACAACGACCAUAUUCUACGUGCUUUGUGGCUGCAUAGGUUAUGCAGCGUUCGGAAAUGACGCACCCGGGAAUUUCCUCACCGGCUUCGGAUUUUACGAGCCCUUUUGGUUAAUUGAUUUUGCCAACAUUUGCAUUGCUGUUUUCGCGCAGCCGUUAUUCGGGUUCGUGGAGAGUUGGUGCGCCAGAAAAUGGCCCGAGAGCAAAUUCAUAAUGGCCGAGCACUCGUUGCUUAAUGGGUCUUACAACAUCAACUUUUUCCGGCUCGUGUGGCGUACGAUCUACGUUGUGAUAACUUCCGUGAUUGCCAUGAUAUUCCCCUUUUUCAACGACUUCUUGGGGUUGAUUGGGGCUGCCUCGUUUUACCCGUUAACCGUUUACUUCCCGAUCGAGAUGCAUAUUGCGCAGGCCAAAAUACCUAAAUACUCCUUUAGGUGGAUUUGGCUGAAAGUGUUGAGUUGGGUUUGUUUUAUUGUAUCGCUUGUGGCUGCAAUUGGAUCCAUACAAGGACUUGCCCAAGAUGUCAAGAAAUACAAGCCUUUCAAAACUCAGUAGUUUCAAAAUGCUUUUUUUAUUUUCUAAUUAAUUAUUAGCAUGUUUGUUAGAGCAUUGCGGGAUUGUUGAGUCCAAAAAAUAUAUGCCACAUAAGUAUUUUAAACAUCGUCUUUU